AUGUUGAGCAAGUACAGGAAUUCCAAACGCAAGCGUAAAACCGCACAUACGAAAAUGAAUUACACAAAGAAGGCGUCAUUUAAAACAUCCCCCUUCAUGGGGUUUACUAAAGAAAAGGCAAUUGCGGAAAACCCCAAGAUCCACGCAUCCAUAAGGGAAAAGCAACUAAAAAUUGCCGAGUUAAUGCUUUACAGGAAAAACGACAAUGUGGUGAAAAAAAAUGUCAACUUCCUCCCGCCAGAAAAGAAAGAGACUGAGGAAAAGGACGAUGUAGAUAAAACAAAAAGAUUUAGCAUAUCCAACGCAUCGAUAGCCGAAAGUCUGAACAAAAAAUUAUUUGGCAAUCGUUCUAACUGGAACAGUAGGAGCAAGACUUCACCUUAUAUCUACAAAAGCAAAAGUGGGGAAAAAUUGUCUAUAUUAAGCAAAUACAGAAGUACAUGUUCGCAUAAAGAAGAUUCGAGCAUUACUAAUAAAGUGAAUGAAAGUCACAAGGAGAACCUGAAGGAGUUUCUGCGAAUGAAAAGUUGUGCAUAUUCCGCAAAAAGUAUUUUUUUUGCGCAAAAAAAGUUAAGUGAUAUAUCCAAGAAAAGCUAUUCUGCGGACAGAAUAGUUUCCUUGAAUUCGCAAAAAUCAGGGGAGGAAGUAGAUGCCUGCAGGAGGGGCAUAUCAUUAAUGCAAAGUUUAGGCGGUGGUCCUACAAACACGGAUGCUGCUGGCGAGAGUGGUUACAACCUGGACGAUGGGAGUUAUUGGAAUCUUAAUGAGGACAUGAGUAAUGGGGAGAAUAGUGACAGUGAUGACAAAUGCGCUGGUGACCACGAGUAUAAUGCUCUCAGCUCUCACCCUGGGGACAACCAGGGCAAUAAGCCCAAAAGGAACGAAUUAAAAAAAAGCAAAAAUGAAUCCCCUACGUAUAAGAGUACACGUUCUUACGGGUUCUUUAAAAGCCGAAAAAGUGCAAAUCCGUCACCAAGUGACGAGAACAAAGCGAAAGACAAAAAAAGGAGAAUCAAUUCUUUUUUUAAUUUUUUAAACCUAAAAAAAAGGUAUAUUAAAAGAAAAAAUGACCUUCAGGCCAAAAAUGACAAAAAAAAGAAAAACACUUCUAAGGAGGAGGAAGAAAUGAACUGCCCUAGUUCAGAUAGAGAGAAGUCUUCAAGUUCCCACCCAAGUAAAAAAAACAUAAAAUCCUUUUUUUGCGUUAAGUGA